UCUCCUUCCAGUCUCAAUAAUCCAAUUUGCACAUUUAAUCGUUCGCACACGCAACCAAGCACACAAGCAAGCAUGUCGCAGCAGUAUUCCUACGGUCCAGGUAGUGGCGGGUAUGGCUCCACUGGCGGCGGCGGCGGUGGUGGUGGAGGAGGAGGGUACGGAAGCGGAGGGUACGGCAGUGGGGGUUACGGUGGUCCUCCUGCCGGAGGACCUCCGCCGCCUCCUCAGCACCCCUAUCAGCAGGGCGGGUACGGAGCCGGAGGGUAUGGAGCUUCACAAGGUCAGGGAGGAUACGGAGCUCGUCCCCCUCCUCCCCCUCAGCAGCAGCAAGGAGGCGGGUAUGGAGCUGGUGGAUAUGGAGCUGGUGGAUACGGAGGCGGUGGUGGCGGACCUGGGGGUCCACCUGGUGGGGGUUAUGGCCAGCCACAGAGACCCCAGGCUUUCAAUGACGCUACAGGGCCUCCUCCUGGAGCUGAUCUCCAAUUGUGGCAGUGGUUCAUCGCCGUAGAUGGCGACCGAUCCGGUCGCAUCAGCCCUGUAGAGCUGCAGUCUGCAUUGGUGAAUGCCGACAAUACCACAUUUGAUCUGGACACGGUCAAGAUGCUCAUGACUAUCUUCGAUACGGAUCGCUCGGGAGAGGUCACAUUCAACGAAUUCGUCGGUCUCUUCGAGUACGUGCAAACAUGGCGUGGCAUCUUCCAGAAGUUCGACUCGGAUCGCAGUGGCUCCAUCGACCAAAACGAGCUCGGCAAUGCACUCCAGUCCUUUGGCUUCGGCCUCAGCCCGCGUCUGCUGACAAUUGUCACCCAAAAGUACAUCACUCCUCCCUCUUCUUCUCGUCAACCCCCAGGUGGAGCUAGAGUAGGAAGCGGCGUGACCUUUGACCGCUUUGUACGGUGCUGUUGCGUGGUCAAGGCGCUCACAGAGGGAUUCCAGAAGCAUGACCCGGUGAGUGAAUCGAACGAGGUAGCGGCACCGAGCCGAGGAGUCUUGGAGUGAACCUACCUGCUGACUUGAUCUACCUUCCAAAUUUGCAAUGGGGUUGGGCAGAAUCGCAAUGGAUGGGCACAAUUGAGCUACGAGGACUUUAUGGUCCUGGCCCUCUCCGCACCAUGAGCGGUGGAGCGAGCGAUCGAGCAUGUAAGCGAAUCUAGGAGAUCAGACUGUAUGCAGGACGUACCAUCCGCGCAAGCAAUGGGAUGACGAUCAGGCUCGCGGCUCGCGGCAGGUAGAAGGGAACGAGACUCGAUUGAAGCGUAAUCGUAGAUGUAUAAUCAUGAGUGCCCUGUAAUUCGUCGAUACCACACCAAUUGAAUCCCUCCCCCCCCAUUCUCACGACUGCUACUGUAGUCAGCAAGCAUCGUCACCCAGCC